AUGAGUUUUGAUGAUUGUAACUAUCAUCCCGAGAUGUUGACAUCUUCAGGAUAUUUAAAGCAUCAUGCUUACCUGAGUGUUAGACCCACUCCCGAAUCAGUUGCGCGUUUAAAGCGAAAUGGCAUCAUUUAUAAACCUGGAAAGUUCACGAAAGAAGAAGACGAUAUUAUAAAGAGGAACUGGGAAGCUUAUAGGGAUGAAAAUAACUUGACAGACGACAGCGUCGACCUCUUCUUACCUCGAAUUGGUGAAACUGAGAGAAUAGAGAAAUGGGACUUCAUCAGAAAAACCGCUUUCUAUCCAAAGAUAUGUAAAGGACUGCUUAAUAGAUAUGGUCAACAAAUUGGAGUGCGUUUCUUCAAGUUGUAUGAUCAGGCUAUUCGAAAAGGUUACAAGCAAAUAUCUUAUGAUAAAAAACAUGUUCAAUCAGAGCACAAGGAUAGUAUAAUUUACUUACGAUUCCAAAAGAAGAAAUCCAUGUAUUCAAUCGCUGAGAAAUUCCGUUUGACUGUUACGGAAGUUCGGAACACUUGCACGAAGUUCCUGAUUGAGAAUAAACGUGUUUCAAACAGAAUGUAUAAAAAAUUUUUAAAAACCAUGGAGAAUCAAGCUGGAAGAGAAAUUGUUGAAAAAAUAUUUCAAAAGAGUGCUGAAGGAAACCUUACAGAAGCAUUGGCGCUCUCUUCAGAUCUUCCUUUCAAGGCAGUUGCAGAUGAAAUGAAGAAAUCUAUAGAAAGUUUAAAGGAUAAUUGGAACUUCAUCCUCAAAGUGAUGGCAAGACUGUGCAUACACUUCAAAUCUUCCGGAAGUACCGAUGAAGAAGCUUAUAACAAAGCUUUAAGAUGUAUAAUAACUAAGAAAAAACCCAAACUUACUAACGAGCAGUUUGCAAAAUUCCUCAAACUUCUACUAAAACAAUUAAACCCGGACAGCGUGUAUACUGGAGCAGUCAGCUAUAAUUUCGAUAGGUUAGAGUUGCAGAAACAAUGCAUCAAACAUAUGAUUUUCCUAUUCCAUACUAUUUAUAAGGAAACUGAUGCUUUGCUGAAGAUUGUAGUGAGUAUGCUAAACCACAUCCGAUACAUAUGCGAACACGUCGACCCCCCCCACGUGUCCUUAUACGACAGAGUAGCUAUUCUAUACGAAUACUACAACAACAUUUCUGAUUUGGUUGAAGAAGCGGAACCUUCUGACAAGUUGUGGCCACUGUAUCGUGAUCCUCUGUUGGAUACGAUGGCGGUCUUGCUCUCUAAGAAGGUAGAAGAAACCACAGUACCGCGGAAAUGGAAAAAAUAUAUGAAAGAAGAGCAUCAUGAACGCUGCAGAUAA